AUGAGCGACACACCCCUCGGCAUACCUUCCCACCACCAGUACGAGCAGGGCCUCCAUGUACUUCGUCACCUCGAGAAGGAGCUGCUCGGGCGCAACGACCGGAACAAGGUGGUCGAGCUCACCAACCAGUACUACACGCUCAUCCCACACGCCUUCAGCGGAGGCCGCCAGCGACCGCCGCUGCUCGACUCGGAUGAGGCCGUGCAAGCCGAGAUAAAGAGCGUGGAGGACCACCUCCUGGGCCACCACCACCAGCAGCAUCAGCACCCUCAGCAGCUCGACUCGUCCGUGUGGCAGUUCGACUCGCGUCACGGCUGGUUCGACUUCGACCUCGACGCCUCGCAGCAGAUCGAGGACGCCUGGCGGGCGCACGAGCGAGACCCCAACAACGACCAGUACCACCAGGCCGAGGUCAAGAGCGGCCCCGACGGGUGGCGCUACAGCGUCAACUUCGACCAGAUGACCGAGACCAACCUCGACCACGAGCGACACCGCGUGCGCAACAUCAGGCGCGUGCCCGCGUCCAUGUCGCGCCGCGCCACCCCCAGCAUGGCCAUGUAG